AUGAGGUGUAAAAUAAAUGAAAAAAAUGAGAAGAAAUCCUGGGCAUCAAUUGCGAACGAAUGUAUAGACAAGUAUAAUGAAACCGAGCACUCAGUAACAGGCUUUGCGCCAGCAUACUUAUUAGAAGGAAAAGUCACCAGUGUCUUGCCUCAAGAACUACGACAUCCAGUGGAUAUAGACACUUGGGUUAAAGAUAGAAAGGAAGCACUUGAAAGAACCAUUAAAUCUCAUAUGUAUAAUAAGAAAUUAUUUGAUAAAGGAAGGAAACAGAAUGAAUUCACUAUAGGUGAUUUGGUAUAUAUUGAAAACGGUAAUAAAAUUAAUAGGAAAAAGCUAGAUAAUUUAAGAAUCGGCCCAUUUCAGAUUAAAGAUAAAAUAUCAAAUACAAUAUAUAGAAUAAAUACAGGGAAAAGAAAAGAUACAAAUUUAUAUCACAUAACAAAAUUAAUUCCAAUGGAAAACGAAAUUAAUGAUGAAGAGGAUAAUGCUUAG